AUGUCGCAGGAAGCCUUGAUCAGAUGGAUGGAACAGGUUGAGUAUGAGAAAUGGGCUACUGAACUUGAGUACGAAGCCUGGGCAGCAGAACUCACGAAGAAGUGGGAGAUGCAACAGACCAGGAAUUCGGCUCAGUUCAAUCUAGCCACUCGCAGUGAAGGGAACAGCAACCAUGAUUGGAUUCCUGAUGGAAUGCAACUGUGGGAGCAUCAAUCGUCCAGCAACGCAGAGAACAUCAAGAGCUCUUCCAAGAAUCCCGUCAAGCGUAAGCAUGACGACAUGUUGGACACGUAUGUUGAGUGUUCCAAGAGUGACGUAGACAAGGCCGUUGAGGAUCAGAAGGUUGAAGAGCAACUUUCGCUCCUGAAGAUUCGUGAAGUUGAAGCCUUUGACAAAGCUUUCAAAGAUUGGCAGCACCGUGCCAAAGAGUUCUCUGCGGACUUCAGAACGUCACUGAAUGUGACCUUCAAGCCAGAGAUCUCAAGCACCCGUCAGUUCCAUGAUUUGCUUGAAGCAAUGGGUGUCAACAUCAUUGCGCAGAAGAAGGGGGAGUCGUUGCCGCAGGACUUGUCUUGCCCUUUCGCAACGGUAGCCGGUGAUGCCUCACAACCUGCCUUGAUUGUUACCUACAAGAAAGCACCAGGGGAGCAAAAGAUCACUCUGCAAGCAAACCUACGUCAGAGAACUCUCACUGCGAAAGCACGACGAGGAGCACUGGAGGGUCAAAUGGAAAGGUUUAUUGGCUUCUUCGGGUCUGUCUUCCAAAUCACGUCGAGUGCCCCGGCAAAGAAGACCAGUAGCGCAGAGGCGCCGAACAGCGGGCUUAGCAUCAGAGCUCUCAUCUUAAUGAGCGCUUCGAAGAGUGUUUAA